AUGCCUGUACAAGGGAUCAGAACGGUGGCCGCUGCCAGGAACGGCGUCGGCGCCUUUAUCCUGCCAUGCAAGCGCAUGGAUUUCCACUACUGCGACUGGGCAGGUAGCUCGCGGGGCAUGGUUUCCUUUCUCAGGAGCGCCCUCCCAUCCUUCGCCAAAGCAAAUCCCCAGAUCGAAAUCCGAGUGUCACCACGGCCGCACAAACACCCAGUAGUCAAGGGCCACUACAUCAACGGACGCGAGAAGGCUAUCUGUGUGCGGAACCUCGAGCCGGAACAAAUAUUCAACAAGGCAAACUUGCUGAAGGAGGCCAGCGGGGAGAAGCUGAAACGCACCAAGAAGCCCGUCACGAGUAUCAACGACAGUGUCAGAGGCAUCUGGUCCCCUUACCAUGGAGACAUCAAAACCGUUUAG